UUAUAUAAUAUCUAGUUGUAAGCUAUAAGUUUUGCACCCACAAUUUCUUUUUAUGGCGAUUUGAAAGACUACCUCUCUCGCCAUGAAAAUUGUGUUGCUUGCAACAUGUCUCUUUGUAUAAACCUGGCGGACGAACGAGCGAAAAAAUAUCAAUCUGGCAUCUUUAUUGACAUUUGAUAAAACAACACUUAGAAAUAACGGUAUCAAACACCUGAUUAUCAAUUAAUAUUGUUUAUUGUCAAAACUAUGGAAUCAACAUUCGAUAGAUAUCUACGCGCGAUCGAUAAUCACUUAUGCUGUAGCCAGGCAAAUCGAGAUUUUUAUAUUCCAAUGUACAAAAAUUUCAAAGUGUGGUUUACGCAGGAAAUGCGGCGCGUGGAUCGAGUAUUUGAUAAGCUAUGUACGGGCGUAACUUCUUUUGGCACCUAUAGUGAGUGGAAAGGAGAUCAAAUGCAACCCAAUGAAUUUGUUAUGCUUUACAUACUGGGCUUUCCAUCGCCCGUGACCGUAAGUCCUGACAAACUACGGCCCGGCUAUGUGCAAUUGAACAUGUUGAGUGUUUUGGAGAAGCUCACAGACAUGGAUGAAUACGAGGAAGUGUAUUUCAAACUGAACAACUUUGUUGAUCCCAGUAAUGCCAAUUUGAGACGUACCGAACUACAAGCAUGGAUUUCCAGUGUCAUACGUAAAGCCUUGAAGGCUGCCAAAAAUGUGGAUUACGACAUCACUUAUGAGUCCCAAUACAAUACUGAAACUUUCCAUUUUCUAAGAGUUCGCCAACGUGCCCACCCCAACUCGACCAUUAAAGUUGAUAUUGCGCCGGUUAUACCAUUCGGCGAAGUCUCUUGGAUGCACAAGCAUAAAUUUGCCAAUUUUCAAGAUGUAUUGUACCAUACUUUCUAUGCGGUGCCCAUUAGCACCACAAAGCCACCCAGAAAAACCAGAGCAUGUACAUUCCUUAUAAUAAAUCCCAUUGCCGAAAAUCAGUUGCUAUGGAGCAAUCCCACGUUAUGCUGUGUAUUUCGUUUGCUAAUAUCCAUGUGCCAUGGCUGCAAACUAUCGCAGAUCAAAAAUUAUUUUCUAAUCAAUAUUUUGCUGUGGGAGCUUAAAAUGCAAAAAGAAACAUUGUGGGAUAACUCUAUCGAGGACAUAUUUAAGCAUAUGUUGUCUCAAUUAUGGACUUAUUUUAUCGAUCGAUUUUUGCCUGAUUUUUGGACCAAGGACUGUAAUGUCUUGAAUAUUCUCAGUCAAGAUGAAAUCACUUUGUAUGAAAAAAUGUUACGCAAUAUUUGUGAUUUAUUUUUAACCUAUUCUCAGAGACAACAAUUGACUUUGGAUCGUAUGCGUAAUAUUUUUCUAAAAUCUAACUAAUGUUACUAUUGCGACUGGGUCGAUCAAUAACAAUGUGUUAUAAACAGCACUUGGGCAAAGGAACUAAAACAUAUUUUUAUUCAUAUUUGAAUUAUUUUUGUUUUGUUUUCUUAUGAAAUGUUGGUGAUACAUAAGAUGUAUGUAAGAAAAAAUAGCAUGAAUAAUGAAAUGAAAAA